CUUACCCGCAAUGGUGUUCACAUGCAUCGCCCCCGGUAGUCUGGUACUAUAGUAUCUCCACGCGCACAGAGAGAGAGAGAGAGAGAGCGCGUUCCAGCGUCCCGAAUAAUAGGAGAAGAAAAAAGAGAAGAAGAAGAAGAAGUCUCUUUCAGAUUUCUUGUAUGGCUGUGGCUGCUUUGCUGAUCUCAGAUUUCAUAAUCUCGUUCAUGUGGGUAUGGUCAGGGGUUCUGAUUAAGAUCUUUGUGAACAACGUUUUGGAGUUGGGCCAUGAACCCAGUGGCGAGGUUAUCAAGUGCGUUCUCUCCAUCAUCAACAUGUUCUUUUUCGCGUUUUUGGGUAAGACUACCAAAGGUGGAGCCUACAAUCCUCUCACGGUGUUGGCUGGUGCCAUUUCUGGGGAUUUCAGCCGCUUCCUCUUUGACGUUGGUGCUAGAAUCCCAGCUCAGGUGAUUGGAUCGAUUACUGGGGUUAGGCUCAUUAUUGAGACCUUCCCUGAAAUAGGACUUGGGCCACGUUUAAAUGUCGACAUCAAUCGAGGUGCACUGACCGAAGGUUUUCUGACAUUUGCAAUUGUUACUAUCUCUCUUGGACUGGCCAGAAAAAUUCCUGGUAGUUUCAUCAUGAAGACUUGGAUCUCAAGUGUCUCCAAGUUAACUCUUCAUAUACUUGGCUCUGAUCUGACUGGUGGUUGUAUGAAUCCAGCUUCUGUGAUGGGAUGGGCUUAUGCUCGCGGGGAUCACAUAACCAAGGAGCAUAUACUUGUGUACUGGCUUGCCCCAAUAGAGGCGACUCUGCUGGCGGUAUGGAUAUUUAAGUUGGUAGUCCGGCCAAUAAAAGAGGAGAAAGCAAAUGUGAAGAGUAAAUCAGAAUGAUAAAGUUCCACUUGGUAUUCAAGAGUAGGUUUAUCCAAUCUCUUAGCAUUUGAGUAGGUGAAAAUGGUUAGAGACUAUCAGAUCGAGUUGAAGGAACAUACAGAAUUUUGUACAUCAAUUCAAUUUCCUUGGGCUCAUCCAUUUGUAAUUUUAUCAUUCAUUGCAGUUAGUAGAUUCACCAAUAUGUUCCUGUUUC